UUUUCUUUUUUUAGACUUCAAGAAUGGCACGGAAAAGAGUAUUGGUCGUUGCUGGGUCUGAUAGUUCUGGUGGAGCAGGCCUCGAGGCAGACCAAAAGACGCUGGCUGCACAUGGAUGUUAUGCCAUGACAGCGACGACUGCCCUUACGGCGCAGAAUACCCAAGGUGUCUUUGAUGUGCAUCAUGUGCCAUCCAAGUUUGUGCGCAAGCAGAUAGACUUGUGCUUCGACGAUGUUGGUGUCGAUGUGAUCAAGACGGGAAUGAUGGCCAUUGCGGAGACGAUUAAAGAGCUUGCUGAGGCGCUGACAAGCCGAAACUUUGACGGGAAGCUCGUUGUUGAUCCUGUCAUGGUUGCAACGACAGGCGCGAAGCUCCUCCCAGUGGAGGCUGUCACCGAGCUCGUUAAACACCUAAUACCAUUAACCACUGUGCUCACCCCCAACAUCCCAGAGGCAAGCCUGCUUUUGACCACUGCAGGGUUUGAGCAACCGGCUAUCAAGAGCGUAAUGGACCUUGAAACCAUUGGCCGCAACUUGCUCAGCCUGGGACCACAGUGGGUUCUGGUCAAGGGAGGCCACUCGGCCCUGCGUCAGGACUACAGCGUCGCCGAGAAGCCAGAAGAGCGCCAGAUCAUGGUGGACGUGCUCGUUGGUCCCGAUGGGCAGGUCUUUAGGAUCGAGUCCGAGUUCCAAGAUUCCAAGAACACGCACGGAACCGGAUGCACACUGGCCUCUGCCAUCGCGGCGAACCUAUCCACCGGUAUGGAUGUACCGAGGUCAGUCAAGGCGGCUUGCAGAUAUGUUCAGGCGGCAUUGAAGGCAGCCCCUGGAUUUGGACAGGGUAACGGUCCGCUGGGACACUUUCAUUCACUGUCUAUACGUCCGUUUGCGCCGGGCAACUUUAUCGAAUAUGUCCUAGAACGACCUGACGUUGCGCCAAUUUGGGAGCGCUAUAUCAAGCACCCGUUCGUCAUGGGCCUUGGUGACGGAACCUUGCCGCUGUCGUCGUUCAAAUCAUAUCUCGUUCAGGAUUAUCUCUACCUGAUACAGUUUGCAAGGGCAAACGCUCUUGCUUCGUACAAGUCAAAGAACCUAGCAGACAUCUCUGCUGCGGCAGCCAUAGUGUUGCAUAUUGAUAGAGAGACGCAGUUACAUCUUGACUACUGCAAGGGCUUCGGGCUGACAAAGGAGGAGAUGGAACAAACUGAAGAGCAUGUUGCUUGCACGGCGUAUAGCAGAUACGUCUUGGAUGUGGGACAGUCUUCAGACUAUGUGGCCCUGCAAAUGGCUCUUGCGCCCUGCCUGUUGGGUUACGGUGCCAUCGCAAAACACCUCCACGCAGACCCGAAAUCCAAGAGGGACGGAAGCCCUUACUGGACCUGGAUCCAGAACUACGUCGCCGAUGACUAUGUGCAGGCCGUCAAGACAGGCUCCGAAUUGUUGGAACGCCAUGCGAUGCUCCAGUCGCCGUCCAGAAUCAACGAGCUUGUGGAAGUUUUUAAGCAUGCCACCAAGAUGGAGAUUGCAUUCUGGGAGAUGUUUCCGGUCGCUUGAAAAAGAAUUACAGCAGGUGGCGCAGCACGUUUUCGAGUGGAAAAUAGAAACAAAUUGUCAUUAAAAUGUCAAGAGAGAGAGAGGUACGGACAGGGUGCCACCUGUGAGCCUUGCAAUUGCAAAGGGUUCAGCACCCAAAAAAAAAAAAAAAAUAACGAACAGUCAGACCCACAGUUAAAGCACGCAUUUGAACGCGUUUUGCGCUGAGGCGACAAAGGCAGGAGAACCCCACACAAGUAGGCGACCGUGACUGGCCAGUUCAAGUGGAUUGUGG